AUGCACAUAUUUUACUCAUCAAACCAAACUCCACAUUCAAUAUUGCAUUUUUCAAUGGCCGAAUCAGUUAAAGUCGAUGACAAUGUUAUCCUUCUUCCACAAACCAACCAAUUAAUUGGUCUUUACAGUAUAAUUCGUGACCAAAAUACCAAAAGAGGAGACUUUGUCUUUUAUUCAGACCGUAUCAUUCGUCUCCUCGUUGAGGAAGGUUUGAAUCAGCUUCCCGUAGAAGAUUGCAUUAUAGAGUGCCACGGCGGUCACAAGUACAAGGGCUCGAAAUUUCUUGGCAAAAUCUGUGGUGUUUCCAUCGUUCGUGCUGGUGAAUCCAUGGAGAUGGGAUUGAGAGAUUGCUGCAGGUCAGUGAGAAUUGGUAAGAUCUUGAUCCAAAGAGACGAGGAAACUGCUUUACCAAAAUUGUUUUACGAAAAAUUACCCGAAGACAUCAGCGACCGAUACGUGUUCUUGCUCGACCCAAUGUUAGCCACCGGUGGUUCAGCAAUGAUGGCCGUUGAGGUGUUGUUAGCUCGUGGAGUUAAAAUGGAACGUAUAUUGUUUCUAAACUUGUUGGCAGCACCAGAAGGAAUCAAGGCCUUCCGCGAUAAAUAUCCAGGUGUCAAGAUCAUUACUGGUGGAAUCGAUGAGAAAUUAGACGAGAACAAGUAUAUCGUACCCGGUUUGGGUGACUUUGGUGACAGAUACUACUGCAUCUAA